GUGAAACAAAGCGAAACUCCUCGAUUCAUCAACCCACCAUCUGGAACCGUAGUCGACAAACUUGUUGUGUCGGGAUACAAAUUCGAUUUCUACCUGAAUUCUCAUCAUGCGGUGCUCGGAACCUCUCGACCUGCACAUUACACUGUUAUGUACGAUGAUAUGGGAAUGAGUCAGGAUGAAGUUUAUAAAAUGACUGACGCUCUUGCCUUCCUCUCCGCCAGAUGCCGAAAACCCAUCUCCCUUCCUGCCCCGGUUCAGUAAGCUCAUUUGUCGUGCGAAAAGGCUAAAGAGCAAUAUCGAGCCUACAAUGAGCACUUUAUUGACGACCGACAACAACCACUAAAUCGACGCGAAAUGGAAGAAUUUCUCCAAGCGAAUUCGGAUUAUCCCGGAAUUUCGUUUGUGUAAUGGUCCUGGAUAAUUUCAAUUGAGUAUUCAAAUAUUUUAUCGUUUCUACGUGUACAAGCUAUUCCAGUGCUGGCCUUGAUCGCAAUCUCCGGUUACAAUUAAAC